GAGGAUGGCGACGGCUUCACGCUGGACGAGGUGCUGCGUUUGGGCGGCACCAAGCAAGACUACCUCAUGCUGUACGGCGUGGACGAGGAGCAGGAGAUUGUGGACGGUGGGAAGAAGGACGCCAUCGAUGACGACCUGAAGCCCGGCGAGCUCGAGGCGUUCGUGAACUCCCUGGGGCUCGGCAAGUACACGGAAAGCUGCCUCGUGGUGGAGGAUGAGGACGGCGAGGAGGGUGGUGCUGGCAACCAGAGAAAAGAGAAGCCCAUCAAGAAAGGGAAAAGCAAGAAGGAGAUUAGUGCUCCUUCAUUAGAGGGGAAAAAUGUCAAAGAAAGAACGACCAGCAGGAAAGAGAGUAAGAAAAAACAAGCAGUUUGUGAUGACGACCAGCACCUUUCAGUAAAGAAAGGGCGGCAGGAAGAAGAUUUUGAAUUUCAUGCUAGACAGGUGUUACUGAUCAAACCAGGGAGCAAAUGGUAUGAUCUGGAAUACACCAGUGAAUUCACUUCUGAACCACAAGACCAGGCGCUUCUGUCCAAGUAUAAGGCUUUGGCCCAAAAGCUGUACCAACAUGAGACAGAUUUGUAUAAGAAUAAGACAAAUUAUCAGAAAGGGGCCUCUUCUGCAUGGAUGAAAACUGUCGUGUCAUCAGGUACCUUAGCUGACAGGUUGGCAGCUAUGACCCUUCUCAUUCAGGACAGUGCUGUCCACAGUCUUCAGUUUGUGGAGAACCUGGUAAACCUCAUAAAGAAGAAAGGCAGUAAGCAGCAGAGCCUCAUGGCAUUGGAUACUUUCAAGGAGCUUCUUAUGUCAGAUCUGCUACCAGACAGUCGUAAACUAUCGUCUUUUUCACAACAUCCUUUUAACAACAUAGGAAAGAUGGCAAGUGGGAACAGGGAUUCGAGAGACAGACGACUGAUACUGUGGUACUUUGAGCAUCAGCUGAAACUACAAGUGGCAGAGUUUGUGCAGGUGCUAGAAAUGCUGAGCCGUGAUUCUCUGACAGCAGCAAAAGCCCGAGCACUGUCUGUCGCUCACGAGCUCCUCUGUAACAAGCCUGAGCAGGAGAAAGUUCUGCUUGUUCUGCUGGUAAAUAAGCUGGGAGACCCUCAGAAUAAAAUAGCCACCAAAGCCUCCUACCUGCUAGAGACUUUACUUCACAAACAUCCAAAUAUGAAAGGAGUAGUGUGCAGCGAGGUGGAGAGGCUCUUGUACCGCUCCAACAUUAGUGUCAAAACUCAGUAUUAUGCUGUCUGUUUUUUAAAUCAGAUAGUCCUCAGCCACGAGGAAAGCGCGCUGGCUAACAAGCUCAUAACUUUGUAUUUCUGCUUUUUUCGGAACUGCAUUAAAAAAAAAGAUGUUGAAUCCAAAAUGCUCAGCGCUCUUCUAAGUGGAGUGAACAGAGCUUACCCAUAUGCUGAGACUGGCGAUGAGAAAGUGAAAGAGCAGCUGAACACCUUGUUUAAAGUUCUGCAUGUUGUGAACUUCAGUACUAGUGUUCAGGCCCUGAUGUUACUUUUCCAAGUAAUGGACUCUCAGCAGACUGUGUCGGACAGAUAUUAUGCAGCACUCUACAAGAAGCUGCUGGAUCCUGGUUUAGCAACUUGCUCAAAGCCAUCCAUGUUUCUUAAUCUUGUCUAUAAGUCUCUGAAGGCUGACGUAGUGUUACGGCGAGUGAAAGCCUUUGUGAAGAGGCUACUUCAAGUCACUUGUGGACUGAUGCCACCCUUUAUUUGUGGAGCCCUUUACCUUCUGUCUGAGCUUCUGAAAGUAAAACCUGGGUUGAGGGUCCAGUUACAGGAUCAUGUGGAGUCUGAUGAAGAAGAGUGCUUUAAUGAUCAAGAAGAAGAUGAAGAGAAUGAGGAAAAGUUUGUGGAUGCAGAUAAAGAGGAAGGGGAAGAAAGUAGCACACCAGAAAAUUCUGCCAAAACAAAUGAUCCAAAUUCAGCACCCUCAUGGGUGCAUCAUCUGAAUAUGGGAGGGAGAAAGAGUGGAGUUUCAUAUGAUCCUCUGCACCGAAGUCCUUUGUAUUGUGGUGCUGAAAGUACAAGCCUUUGGGAGCUGAAGAAGCUCUCUGAACAUUUUCAUCCGUCUGUGGCCCUCUUUGCAAGAACAAUUCUAGAAGGAAAUCAUAUUCAGUACUCAGGUGACCCAUUACAAGAUUUCACCUUAAUGAGAUUCUUGGAUCGCUUUGUGUACAGAAAUCCCAAACUCCACAAAGGCAAAGAGAACACCAGCAGUGUGGUAAUGCAGCCGAAGAAGAAACAGUUUAUGAAAAAUGUGCAGAAUCUCGCAGUCAACAGUAAGGAGUUCCGUGCCAGAGAUGAAAGCACAAUCCCAGUGGAUGAAGUAUUUUUCCACAGAUUUUAUACGAAGUUUGAUAAAAGGAAAGAGAAACAAAAGCUUCAGGAAGAUGAAGAAAGUGUGGAAGAUGUAGAUGAUGAUGAAUUUGAGAGAGCACUUGAUACAUUUGAAGCUGCUGAUAGUGCCAUUGAUGUUAGCCAGGAUGAUCUUGAUUUUGCAGGAAACAUAAAAAAGGAAACCACAGGCAGUAAAAAAAGUCAAAGAAACAAGAAGUCUGAUGCUGACUGGGAGGAUUCUGAAGAUGAAGAUGGGUUCAGUGAGCUGGAUGAUGAAGAAGUCUCCUUAGGAAGCAUGGAGGAAGAUUUUGGAGAGGAUAUUGAUGAAGAAGGAGGUGUAUUUAUGGAUGCAUCUGAUGAUGAUAACAGCCUAGACUUGAACAAUGACAAUAAAAUCACAUCUGUCAAUAAAAAGGGCAAGAGAAAGAACAAUAUUGAUUUUGCAGGAUCACUUGAAGGAUCCAGCACAAGAAAAAAGAGAAAGCUCAAAGAUGCCACUAUGUUGGCAUCUGCAGAAGAGUUUGGCUACCUGCUGGAUGAAAAUGCUGGGUCUAAAUUUGACAACAUUGGGAUGAAUGCCAUGGCGAACAGAGAUAACGCAAGUGUCAAACAGCUCAAGUGGGAAGUAGAGCGUGACAGAUGGCUUCACAAUAGGGAUGUGAAAAGUAUUAUCAAAAAGAAGAAACAGUUCAGGCACAAAGGGCUGAAAAAGAAGUACAAAGGCAAUAAAUCAAAAAGAUGA